AUUGUUGAAAAAUUAAUCUUAAAAGUAAUAAAUUAGAAACCUCAGUGUGCCUUGCAAUGGAUUCCAAGCGAAAAUUUCCAAAUAAACCGCAAAAUGGGAAUAAAAAGUUCAAGGCCAACGAUGAAGAGGAUGCAGAUGAAGAUUUGGCUGAUUUUGAGAAUGACCUUGAAUUGGAGGAUCUUCCUGAGGUUGAAGAGCCACAACUGCAGAAUGUAGAGGGACCAGAGGAUACAGAAUCAUGCAUUAAGUGGACACGUCCUGCUGUUCCACCUCUGGACCCAAAGACAGACCCACUGAUUUUUCAGCAACUUGAAAUUGAUCAUUACACCGGGCAGCCAAUGGCUGGGAUGCCCGGCUCACAGGUGGGUCCUGUUUCCAUCUUCCGGAUGUACGGAGUGACAAUGGAUGGGAAUUCCGUGUGUUGCCAUGCCCAUGGAUUUACUCCGUACCUAUAUGUGGCAGCGCCGCGAGGAUUCACAGCUGGACACUGUCAAAUGUUCAAGGCAGGACUCGAUAGGGCUGUUCUCAGCGAUAUGCGAUCAAAUCGCGAAAAAGUCCAGGAAGCUGUCCUGCAGGUCACCCUGGUGCAAGCUAGGACAAUUAUGGGUUACCACGGGGAUGAUCUCGUGCCAUUUAUCAAGGUCACCCUGGCCCUACCACGUCUCCUGGCCUCCGUGAAGAGAAUCCUUGAAAGGGAAGUCAUUUGCCAGGGAUUUGACUUUCAGGAUUGUCGGGUGUUUGAGAGUAAUAUUGACUUUGAUAUUCGCUUCAUGGUGGACGCCUCAAUUGUGGGGUGCAAUUGGAUUGAGAUUCCCGCGGGAAAGUGGCGCCUCCGGACACGAGAUGUGCCCCCACGCAUGGAGUCCCGGUGCCAAAUUGAAGUUGACGUCUCGUGGUGUGAUUUCAUUUCGUGGACCCCCGAGGGGGAAUGGUCAAAAGUAGCCCCAAUGCGUAUCCUGAGCUUUGACAUUGAAUGCGCGGGGCGCAAAGGAAUCUUUCCGGAGCCAAAUCACGAUCCAGUCAUUCAAAUUGCCAACAUGGUCAUCCGGCAGGGUGAAACGGAGCCAUUUAUCCGGAAUGUCUUCACACUGGACACAUGCGCCCCCAUUGUGGGCACCCAAGUACUAACAUUCAAGCGCGAAAGUGAUCUCCUCACGGCAUGGUCGAAUUUUGUCCGGGAAGUCGAUCCAGACGUCCUCACGGGGUACAAUAUCAACAACUUUGACUUCCCCUACCUCCUGAACCGAGCAAAGCACCUCAAAGUGCAGGGAUUUGAAUUCUUGGGGCGCAUCAAGAAUCGCCCAUCUGUCAUCCGGGACUCGGUGCUGCAGAGUCGUCAAAUGGGCAGACGUGAGAAUAAAGUGGUGAAUUUUGAAGGACGUGUACCCUUUGACCUCCUGCACGUCCUCCUGCGCGACUACAAACUCCGCUCGUACUCCCUCAACGCUGUGAGUUAUCACUUCAUGCAGGAGCAGAAGGAAGACGUCCACCACAGCAUAAUCAGCGAUCUUCAGCGUGGCGAUGAGCAGACGCGUCGUCGUUUGGCCAUGUACUGCCUCAAGGAUGCCUACCUCCCGUUGCGUCUCCUCAAUAAGCUCAUGUGCAUUGUGAACUACAUGGAAAUGGCUCGUGUCACAGGAGUCCCCCUGUCGUGCCUCCUUACACGAGGGCAGCAAAUCAAAGUGAUGAGUCAGCUGUUGCGCAAAGCCAAGGAGAAUCACUACCUAAUCCCAACGCACGGAGGCGGGGCGUCGGAUGAACAAUACGAAGGGGCGACGGUGAUUGAGCCAAAGUGUGGCUACUACGGCGAUCCAAUUGCCACACUGGAUUUUGCUUCCCUAUACCCGAGUAUCAUGAUGGCUCACAAUCUCUGCUACACCACACUUCUCAUGCCAAAAGAUCGAGCACAACUCAGCAUUCCGGAAGAAUCUGUGGCUAAAACCCCGGCAAAUUGUUACUUUGUAAAAUCCUCCGUGCGCAAGGGGCUCCUCCCGGAGAUCCUUGAAUCCCUCCUGGCGGCACGAAAGCGUGCCAAAGCGGAGCUGAAGAGUGAAACAGACCCUUUCAAGCGUAGUGUCCUCGAUGGACGACAGUUGGCACUGAAAAUCAGCGCCAAUUCCGUUUAUGGCUUCACUGGGGCGCAGGUGGGUAAACUUCCAUGCCUUGAGAUUAGUUCCAGCGUCACUGCGUACGGACGUACUAUGAUUGAGCAGACAAAGUACGAAGUGGAGCAACACUACACCGUUGCGAAUGGGUAUGAAAAUGACGCCGUUGUCAUUUACGGGGAUACGGAUUCGGUGAUGGUGAAAUUUGGGGUGAGUUCACUGGAGAGGAGUAUGGAAUUGGGUAGGGAAGCAGCGGAAUUUGUGAGUAAUCGCUUCGUGAAGCCGAUCAAGUUGGAAUUUGAGAAGGUCUACUUCCCCUAUUUGUUGAUCAAUAAGAAACGCUACGCUGGGUUGUACUUCACGCGUGCCGAUAAGUACGACAAGAUGGACUGCAAGGGCAUUGAAACAGUGCGCCGGGAUAAUUCGCCGCUCGUGGCGAAUCUCAUCAAUACGUGCCUGCAGAAAUUGCUGAUUGAUCGCAAUCCCGAUGGGGCUGUGGAGUAUGCGAAGCAGGUAAUUGCUGAUUUGCUAUGCAAUCGCAUUGAUAUCUCCCAGCUGGUGAUCACCAAGGAGCUGGCAAAGACGGACUAUGCAGCUGCACAGUCACACGUCCUCCUGGCGGAGAAGAUGAAGAAACGCGAUCCGGGAACGGCGCCAAAGCUAGGGGAUCGUGUUCCCUAUGUGAUCAUUGCUGGGGCUAAGAAUCAACCAUCAUCAGCACGUGCUGAGGAUCCCAUAUACGUGCUGGAGAAUUGUAUUCCCAUUGACUACAAGUACUACCUGGAGAAUCAACUGUCAAAGCCCCUUUUGAGGAUUUUUGAGCCAAUCCUGGGGAAGAAAGCUGAAUCGAUUCUCCUUCAUGGCGAACAUACGCGCACAAAAACCCUCGUAACGUCCAAAGUGGGCGCCUUGGCGGCGUUUACGCGUAAAAAGGAAACUUGCCUGGCUUGUCGGGCUGUCCUUCCGGAGGCAGAUCAAACCAAGGCUCUGUGCAAGCACUGCAAAAGCAAGGAGACGGAAUACUACUGGAAGGAAUUGCGAUUGCAGCAGUCACUCGAGGAGAAAUUCUGCAGACUCUGGACGGAAUGUCAACACUGUCAGGAAUCCCUCCAUGAGGAGGUCAUCUGCACAAGCAAGGAUUGCCCGAUUUUCUACAUGCGCAGCAAGGUCCGCAUGGAUCUCGAUACGCAAGUUAAGAGAGUUAAACGUUUUGGGGUCCUCUCGUGGUAAAUUUUCUUUUUCACAUAAAUAUUUUAUUUGCUUCCUUCAACUACAUCCCUUCAAAGGUGUUAUUGGGGGAAAAGGAUGAAUUACUCUCUGAAUCUCCAUCGGAGCCAUUAAUUGAGAGAUCAAAGGAGGCUGAAGCCUCUCCAAGGUAGUCUGUAACCAUUUUGAUUUUUGUUGCUUCAUUUUCCAGUUUUUCUUUUGUCGUUUUCUUUUGUAGAAAAAAUAUGAAAUAAAAAUUAAUUCUUAAUAAAA